AUAGAGUAUCAUUUUCUCUUGGUUUCUAAAGCGGAUAAGAGAUAAGCCCACUCAAAAUGAAACUUUUUGUUGCCCUCUUUGCCUUGGUAGCUAUGGCUACAGCCGAUGUCAGCCACCUCAGCAGCUCAUACUUGCCACCCCAUGAAUCUCACGCUUCGGCACCAGCUCCAUCCUACUCGGCUCCAGCUGUUGCUGCCUCUACUCCUGUAGCUUCGUACUCGGCACCUGCUGCUUCUUACUCAGCUCAAGCUUCAUACUCUGCCCCAGCUGCUCCUGCUGCUUCUUACUCAGUCCAAGCCUCGGCUCCAGCUGCUUCUUACUCUGCCCCAGCUGCCGCUGUUUCCUACUCUGCUCCAGCUGCUGCUUCUUACUCUGCUCCAGCUGCCGCUUCUUACUCCGCUCCUGCUGCUACCGCUUCCUACUCUGCUCCUGCUGCUGCCGCUUCCUACUCUGCUCCAGCAGCCGCAGCUCCCGCUGCUUCUUACUCUGAAUCCUAUGAAACUGGUGCCUCUGAGCCUGCCCACACCUUCUCCUCGUCUGAAGGUUACAAAUACAAGACCAACCGUCGUGUUGUCUACCGUCGCCGUCAUCGUCGUGAUGUCAGUGCUGAAUACUUGCCUCCCGUUCAAGGUGCUGCUUCUGCCCCAGCUGGUGAAUACGCUUACUCUGCCCCAGCUGCUUCCGCUCCAGUUGCUUCAUACUCUGCUCCAGCUGCCGUUUCUUACUCUGCUCCAGCUGCUGCUUCUUACUCCGCUCCAGCUGCCGCUUCUUACUCUGCCCCAGCUGCUUCCUACUCUGCCCCAGCUGCUUCUUACUCUGAAUCCUAUGAAACUGGUGCCUCUGAGCCAGCCCACACCUUCUCCUCGGCUGAAGGUUACAAAUACAAGACCAACCGUCGUCGUGUCAUCCGUCGUCACCGCCAUACAAUUGCCGCAUCUGCCGCUGUUUCCUACUCUGCUCCAGCUGCUGCUUCUUACUCUGCUCCAGCUGCCGCUUCUUACUCCGCUCCUGCUGCUACCGCUUCCUACUCUGCUCCUGCUGCUGCCGCUUCCUACUCUGCUCCAGCAGCCGCAGCUCCCGCUGCUUCUUACUCUGAAUCCUAUGAAACUGGUGCCUCUGAGCCUGCCCACACCUUCUCCUCGUCUGAAGGUUACAAAUACAAGACCAACCGUCGUGUUGUCUACCGUCGCCGUCAUCGUCGUGAUGUCAGUGCUGAAUACUUGCCUCCCGUUCAAGGUGCUGCUUCUGCCCCAGCUGGUGAAUACGCUUACUCUGCCCCAGCUGCUUCCGCUCCAGUUGCUUCAUACUCUGCUCCAGCUGCCGUUUCUUACUCUGCUCCAGCUGCUGCUUCUUACUCCGCUCCAGCUGCCGCUUCUUACUCUGCCCCAGCUGCUUCCUACUCUGCCCCAGCUGCUUCUUACUCUGAAUCCUAUGAAACUGGUGCCUCUGAGCCAGCCCACACCUUCUCCUCGGCUGAAGGUUACAAAUACAAGACCAACCGUCGUCGUGUCAUCCGUCGUCACCGCCGUUUCUAGACUGUGAGACUAUUUAAAAUAAAAUAGUUAUCACCUAAGCAAUAGAUACAAUUGUAACAAUGCCAUAUAGCUCAAUUAUUAUGACUUCCACUUUUUGCGGAAGAAUCGAACAUUUUGCAAUAGUACGAGAUUUAUUUUUUAAAUCAUCGAAAUAAAGGAUAAUACAAUAGAUUU